UCCCAAAGGCUUUGUAGAUGUACAACAGUAAAUCAAAAUGGGUUAAAAAAAUGACAUGAUAAAGAAGAAAGAGAUGGGUCAUCACCAUCAUCUUCUCUCUUCAUAUUAUUAUUCUCAUGAAAAGGAGAUUGUUUGAUUGAUUGUUCAUGAUUUAUGUAUGAGCCUGAGAGCAAAACAUGGCUUCUGCAAUCCACCUUUUCUACUUCUUCUUCUUCAUCAUUACCACCACCCAUUUUCUGUUUGUUUCCGCCAUUAAUGCACACAAUCCAGAUGACUUCAACUCAAACCAUCCCCACCAUAUCCAGAAAGUUGCUGGAAUGGAUGACAGAGAACAAGAUGAAAGCCUAUUCUUCAUAAAGUUCAGAACUUUCCUUGGACUAACAAAUUCCAAUGGAAAAAACGAAGCUCAAUCCCCGUCUCCAGCACCAGCUCCGGCCACACAUUAUCCUCGGCCGGUCCAUGAAGUUCCAAUUCCGAUACCGGAACAAGAUUUAAGAAGAAGGAAUGACGGUGGAAUAAAGAAAAUACUGGUGGCAAUUAUUAUCUCUUCAGCAUUCAUCUUGAUGUUAAGUGUGUUUGGCCUCAUCUUGUUCUGCCAUAAGUAUUUGAAGGAGAAGAAGACAUCAACAACAACUACGAAUAUAAUAAUUUCAACAACGCAAGAGGAAGAAGGCAUUAAAAGUGUACCAACAAAAAUGGUAACCAAUCAAAGCAUCGAUCUUUUCUACAUUAACUCACUUCAAACUUCAUUAGAACCUCACCCAUUUCCUCUUAAAGAUACCCAUCAUUACGAAACCUUCCAUGAGCAGAUAAGAUCCAACUCCAACCUCGGGCGCGACUCAUCUUCCGUCGCAGACGCGGAGAUAAUCUCAAUCCACGACAGCGCAGACUCUGAAAAGUAUGAAUCUGACACCGCUGAGAAAUUGGAGCCUUCCGGUGAAGCUCAUUCAUCUGAUUUAUCGGAGUCUUUCCACUCUUCGUCUAGCAUGAGACUUUCCCCGCUUCCAUUGCCUCCUCCUCCUCCUCCUCCGAUGAACUUAACCAAUUGUGGUUAUCCAGUUUCUUCUUCUGCAUUACCACCUCCACCUCCUCCAUGCCCACCACCUCCUCCUCCGCUUAGUCUUGUAAAAAAACUGGCAUAUCCUCCAGCAUUGGGGAAAGAAAGAAGUCGAUUGCCGAAGCUGAAGCCUCUCCAUUGGGACAAAGUAAGAGCUGGACCACACCGUUCUACGGUUUGGGACAAGCUGAGAGGAAGCUCAUUCGAAUUCGACGAGGAAAUGAUUGAAUCUCUCUUCGGUUAUCAACUUAAAGAUUCAAACAAGGGAAUCAUCGAUGAAGCAAAUUGUUCGAGCCCUAAUAAUUAUACGAAGAAGAAGAAGCAUGUUCUUGAAGCCAAGAGACUUCAUAAUAUAACCAUAUUAUCUAAGGCUGUGAACGCCACAGCCGAUCAAGUCUCUGCUGCACUGCUAAAAGGUGAAGGAUUAUGCCUACAGCAGCUAGAAGCAUUAGCCAAAAUGACACUAACUAAAGAAGAAGAAUCUAAACUUUCAAAUUACAAAGGUGACGUUAACGAAUUAAGCUCGGCCGAACAUUUCGUCAAGAGAAUUCUCAACAUCCCCCUCGCCUUUCACCGAAUCGAAUCCAUGCUUUACAAAGAAACGUUCGACGAUGAGGCCGCCCUUCUCCACAAAUCCUUCUCAAUCCUGCAGGAAGCUUGCAAGGAAUUAAGAUCAAGCCGACUUUUCUUAAAACUACUAGAAGCGGUUCUCAAAACGGGUAACAGGAUGAACGAUGGAACAUUCAGGGGCGGGGCAAAAGCGUUCAAACUCGACGCCCUACUAAAACUAUCCGACAUUAAAGGGACAGAUGGAAGAACGACACUUCUCCAUUUCGUGGUUCAAGAGAUGAUCAGGUCGGAAGGAAUGAAUGCUUCCGAGAGCAUUAUGGGGAAGAUAUAUCAGAAAAGCGACGGAAAGAAUGCGGAGGAGAAGGAAGAAGAUUAUCGGAGGAUGGGAUUGGAUUUAGUCUCUAGCUUGAGCGUUGAACUUCAUAAUGUGAAGAAAACAGCCACCAUUGAUUUGGAUGUGCUCGCUACGUCCAUGCGGAACCUGUCGGAUGGAACGGUUAAGCUGAGGAAUCUGGUGGAGGAGCGGUUGGGGAAGGAUGAGAUGAGUAGGGAGUUUGUCAAGUUGAUGACGGUGUUUUUAUCUCGCGCUGAGAAGAGUGUGAAGGAGCUGCGUGUCGACGAAGAUGAGGUUUUGUCGAGCGUGGGGGAGAUUACCGAGUAUUUUCAUGGGGAUGUGAAUAAGGUUGAUGAACAAGGGAAUCCUCUUAGGAUAUUUGUCAUCGUGAGGGACUUUCUCGGUACAUUGAGUCAAGUUUGCCGAGAACUUAGAACUUCCAACUCCAACCCUACCAACCAUCUUUCUACCUUCCGGUAGAAAGAAUCGGUUCGGAGUAGAGCCAACCGAUGACUUUCUACUUAAGAAACAAACAUACAAUUCUUAUCCAUUGAAUUACAUGCAUUCAUUUUAUAUAAAUAUAUGAGAACUUUGGCCUAGAAAGUUAGGACUCAUUACACUUAAUCUACUUGAGUGAUUUGAGUUGAUUAAGAUAACUAUAUUAGAUAGAUAAUCUUUUGUCAAAUAAAGAAACAUAUAAAUAAUCUAAUAUACACUUAGUUUUCUAAGUUACAUAAAAUAUUAGUAAUAUGAACUUUUUGUUGUGAUUUCUCA